ACACCGUAUUUAAAGCAACUUCCGGCUGUGUGUACGUUCGCUAGCCACGGCUAAUAGUACAAUUCAUCGCAGGCUACCGGUAUUUUUAAAGUUGAACUCUCGGGUUUUGGAGUAAUCUACGGCACCUUUUAACAUUUUGUUAACAUGGCUUUACUGACGCCAUUGUUUGCUUUCCUCUACCACCUGCCGCAGGUGUAUAAGUGGCUGCUCAAGCCGUAUUAUGUAGCUUCUCUCUUCAUGUCUGUCGCCUUCCUGGCGGUCCGUAAAACGCCUGGAAUCUGCGACCAUCUGGCCUCACAGCGGGAGGACGGGAACUCCUGUGACUUUGACUGGAGAGAAGUGGAAAUCCUCAUGUUCCUGAGUGCCAUCGUGAUGAUGAAGAACCGUAGAGCAAUAACUGUGGAGCAACAUGUGGGGAACAUCUUCCUGUUCAGCAAAGUGGCCAAUGUGAUCCUGUUCUUCCGACUGGACAUCAGGAUGGGCCUGCUCUACUUGACGCUCUGCAUAGUGUUUCUAAUGACCUGUAAGCCGCCUCUCUACAUGGGACCAGAGUACAUCAAAUACUUCAGUGACAAAACCAUCGAUGAUGAGCUGAACAAGGACAGCCGUGUGACGUGGAUUGUUGAAUUUUUUGCCAACUGGUCUCCGGAGUGUCAGUCCUUCGCUUCAGUGUAUGCCGAUCUCUCGCUCAAGUAUAACUGUUCUGGCCUCAAGUUUGGGAAGGUAGACAUUGGACGAUAUGGAGAAGUUUCCAAAAGGUACAAAGUGUCUACGUCCCCUCUGUCCAAGCAGCUUCCUUCGUUGGUGUUGUUUCAGGGAGGGAAGGAAGUGAUGCGGCGCCCCCAGGUGGACAAGAAAGGCAGAGCUGUAUCUUGGAGCUUCACUGAGGAAAACAUAAUCCGAGAGUUCAACCUGAACGAACUCUACCAGAAGUCGAAAAAGUUGAGCAGGAACAAAGCGGAGAAGCUGAGCCCAUCGCAGUUCCCACCGGUCCCCGAGGAGGAGGAGCCCGAGCAGCCGGGGGCCGACGCCGAAUCCAAGAAAGACAAAUAGGACGGUUAGCAUCACAGAGCCCGAACUCAUAGUGGGAGACUAAAUCAUCUGCAUCAUCUCCACUCCUCUUAUCAAAAUCCUCAGAUUAUUUAGAGGUGUGGCGGAAGCGGAAACUCUUCCUCUUUUUGUUUUAUUCCAUUCCUAACCGUUCGUCUUCAUUUAUAGAAAACCUUAAAGAACUAAUGUGAUCUAUCUUUAGGCAGAACGGGGGGAUUUCUGUUCCCCACCAGUUUGCUGGCUACAUUUCAGCGGCGGUGAAGCUUUGAAUCUGACUUUCAUGUGAAGUUUUAUUCCAUCAAUGAGCCACGGCUGUCAUGUGUUUUUAUGCUACUAAUUAAGAUUUAAAUGUGUUACAAAUUCACUCCGAAUUGACCCAAACUCUGCUGUUACACACAGGUAAAUAUUACUGCUAUGGUCGAUUGUUUUCAGCUGGUCUGGAGGGUUUUAGCAGGGGUGUCCAAAGUGUGGCUCGGGGGCCAUUUUGUGGUCCUUGGACUGUUUUUGUGAGGCCCCAUCUGCAACUGAAGAACAAUACACAUUUGCAUGCAGAUGCAGGUGGAGGCAUUUUAUUUUUAAUCAGGGUGGAAUUAUUACUUGCAUAAUUCUUAACAUGGAAAAUGUUAAGUACAACAUAAAGUAUUUGUCUUUUUGUAGCCAAGCUGAAACUUUUUUGCUGCAUCAAAAUCAGCUUUUAAUUCAUUAAACUUGGCUAAAUAUAGCAAAUAUCUUGAAAG